GCGCGCGCCGGCCGGGGCCGGCGGAGCUGGCGCGGCCCCGCGCCAUGAGGGACCAGCUGGAGCGGGGCCGGGAAGAGUGGCGGGAGCUGGAGGAGGAGUUCCGGCAGCUCCAGGAAACACACAAAGUUUACAGGCAGAAACUGGAAGAAGUCACCAGCUUGCAGACAGUCUGUAGCAGCUCCAUACACAGGCAGAAGAAGACGCUGAAAGAUCUGAAGCACAGCCUGCAAAGGUGCAAGCCCAGAGCGAGUCCCGAGGAGUUUGCUCUCAUUCAGGAGAUCAGCAGCCAGAUCAAGGAGAGGCAGAAUGCCUUCUUCGACAUGGAAGCCUACCUGCCGAAGAAGAACGGCCUGUACUUGAAUCUGGUGCUGGGAAACGUGAAUGUGACUCUCCUGAGUAACCAAGCAAAGUUUGCCUACAAGGACGAGUAUGAGAAGUUCAAACUUUAUCUGACAAUAAUCUUGUUACUUGGGGCUGUUGCCUGCAGGUUUUUUCUGCACUAUAGGGUGACAGAUGAAGUGUUUAACUUCCUGUUAGUGUGGUAUUACUGCACGCUGACGAUACGGGAAAGCAUUCUCAUUAGCAAUGGAUCAAGGAUCAAAGGCUGGUGGGUGUCCCAUCACUACGUUUCCACGUUCCUGUCUGGAGUGAUGUUGACGUGGCCGGAUGGACUCAUGUAUCAGAUGUUUCGCAGUCAGUUUUUAGCAUUUUCAAUAUUUCAGAGCUGUGUUCAGUUCCUACAGUAUUAUUACCAAAGGGGCUGCCUCUAUAGGCUCCGGGCUUUGGGGGAGAGAAACCACUUGGACCUUACAGUAGAAGGAUUUCAGUCCUGGAUGUGGCGGGGGCUGACGUUUCUCCUUCCCUUCUUGUUCUUCGGGCAUUUCUGGCAGCUAUAUAAUGCAAUCACAUGUCUUCUUGUGGAGUAA